UGUCACGGAGUUACGAUCUACUGGCCAGUUAGAGAGCCUUCAUUUGUGGAGACUUUCCCAGUUGGUCGUGCAUCUGAUGGCCCAGGCACACUUCCUUUUGAUAUCGACACUCGUGGUGCUAUUUCUUGUGCUUAUUCAAAAUACUGUGAACGGAAUGCAACACCGGGAUCCCUUUGCACAGAAUGCGUUGGCAUAGUCUCAUUCCUUGAACAUCUUGUCUUAGUCACACGGGAUAUCAAACUAUGCACUCACUGCCGUUAUCGAAACCAUUUUGACAUGGUUCAAGUAGUGCGUCAGUGUGCUGAAGAUGUCAACCGCUUGAAGCUCCAGGUUUGUCUUCAUGAACGUGUCACCCAUGUCCUCACACGCUUGGAUGACUACCAGUCAUUAAUCAUUGCAUUGUCUGAAAAUGACAUUCCUCGCAUAAAGCACAUCCUA